UCAGCGUCCGGAGCGUUAUGUAUAAAUAUUUGGAAAAAGAAAAUGAAAUAAGCUUCGAUAAAAUCUUCAACCAAAUUUUAGGAUAUCUGCUAUUCAAAGACUUCUGCGAAAAUUCAUCAGAAGAACCUGUCCCACAUCUGAAAUUCUAUGAAGAGAUUAAAAACUACGAAAAAACCGAGUGUCAUGAUGAGCGGCGUAAAAUGGCGAGAGAAAUCUAUGACAACUUUAUCAUGAAGGAAAUGCUAUCUCACACACAUGAAUAUUCCAAAGACGCUGUAGCCCAUGUACAAAAAUAUCUUAUGAAAAAUGAAGUUCCAGUUAAUUUAUUCGAACCGUACAUAGAAGAAAUAUUUAACCAUCUAAGGAAUGAACCAUUUCAACAUUAUUUAGAAAGGUAUUUAAAGUUUGUUUAUUAGAUAAUUUUUAACGAUAGA